AUGGGUUGGUUCAGCUCCACCCCAAAAGCCAGCUCCAGCACGAGCGCUGGCGGCAACACCGACAACGUCCCAACCCGCUCAGCCCGUCAAGCCUGCUGGUCAUCUCGCGACGCUUACUAUUCCUGUCUCACGUCCAAAGGUAUUCAAGUACCUCCCGGUACGGACAUUACAAACGAAGGUAAAGGACCUAUCGGGAAAGCUGCACUUGAAGAGCAGAGGAAACGCGGAGCAGUGAAUGUGGAGGAGGAACGGAACAGAGAUCCUUGUAAGCACUUGAGGAACGGGUAUGAGGAACAUUGCGCUAGAAGCUGGGUGAGUGAUUCGCAGCCCUCGAGUGCCUACUUGGGCGCAUGUGUGUUGCCCAAGUCUCCGACUCGACUAGGCUCGACUUCAGGUCUCGCUCUUGCUCAUGCUUUUGCACACCUCCCCUAUAUGCGCCUGAACAGGUGGAAUACUUCAACAAGCGAAAGGUGCUCGAAGAGAGGCAAAAGCUCAUGUUCGCACAGGGCGCCAUUCCAGCCGGCUCUGGUCCCGCCCCCGGUGCUGGUCCAGCAUGA